ACAAAAGAAGUAGCAUCCGCACCGUAAAAUCGUUGGGCCAACAAAGCAAACGCGCGAGGUCACCUGUUAUAGAGUCGGAUUUCUAUCAGGUGUGGUCAUCGCGUCACUUUUUCAGAUGACCAAGCCCAAAGUCCCGCGAAUGGCCAUGAUUUUGGCCGCCUGCUUCCAGAAUUUGGCCUGCGGCGGUCUCAUCUUUGGAUGGGCAGCCAUCUCCAGCUCCCUUCUCAUCGCCUCGAACGAGGAAGGCGGGCCCGCCUUGAGCCGCGACGCUGUCCACCGGCUCUUCGUCAUGGCGACGUCCAUCAAUUUCACGGCCCCGCUCUUGCUAGGGGUUCUCCUGGAUGCCUACGGUCCCCGGUUUUGUUCCGCGCUGAGCAUAUUUCUGGUCGGAGCCGGCUUUGUGCUCUUCUCCGCCUCCUCCCCCUCCCUCCCCACCCACCUCCCCGCCGUCAUCCUCAUAGCCUUUGGCGGACCCGGCGUCCAGUCCUCCAUCAUCCACCUCUCCAAUUUGUAUCCAGCAAGCAAGGCGACUGUCACGAGCGUCAUCACCGGGUCUUUUAACCUCUCCUUCUUCAUCUUCUUCAUUUUCGACCGGCUCUGGGACCGGUUCGGACUCACCUACCAGGAGAUUUUUGCCGGCUACACAACCGUCUGCCUCUUUGCCCUCCUCCUCUCCCUCUUCCUUUGGCCGGACCGACCCUUCUCGUUCCAAGAACAAGCCCUCGAGGAAACUCUGCCCGACCAACUGGCCACGGCUCGGAUCGGGCCCAUUCGGGCGCCCUCUGUCUUCAAGAAAACAUCCUUUGCCCCCACCGGACCCCCCCUGGCAGGCGGGUCUCGUUCCCUGCCCAGCGCCCGGGGAGGCAGCGACAGCAAGGACAAGAAUGCAAAUGAGACAACGGGCCUGUUGGGGGGAUCGGCGGCUUUGGGCCGGCCGACGAGCCAGGGGGGAAGCUGGGAAGAGGAGGACAUCAAGGAGGCAUCUUUUUGGGCACAACUUCGGUCUGCGCCCUUCCUCCGGGUGACCAUUUUCAUCGUGGUCGCCUCCUUUUGGGCAAAUUUCUACAUUGGCACCAUCGACGUGCAGCUGGCAGACAACCACAUGCUCACCCCCGCGAAACAAAAUUUCAUGGUCCGCCUGUUCACGGCCAUCACCACGGCGGGCGUGCUGGGCAUUCCAGUCGUGGGGAAACUGAUGGACAGGUAACUACGGCUUUGUCGCCACGGCCACUGUCACAGUGAGCAUGGCAGUGGUCUAUAGCUUGGGCAUACUCUUUGAACAGACGCAUGGGGGCACGCUGCCCCUCAUCGUCGCCUUUGUCGCCUACGCACUUUUUCGGACAUUCCUCUUCACCUAUUUUUUUGCCUACCUGGCCGACGCGCUCGGUUUCCGGUUUUUUGGCGUCUUGGCUGGGGUCUCCUUUCUAAUCGCAGGCUUUGCCGGCCUUUUGCAGUCACCAUUGAUGGAGUACGCCCAGGGAGACUGUCACUUGACGUCCACGGCCGUGCCUGGGUGCGAUUCCGGGAAAUGGCCGAGGCUGAACCUCUACCAGCUCUUGUGCCUCGCCUUGCUCUACUUGAUCCCUGUUUUGGAUAAGCAGGCAGCCAGCAAAGCACGAACGGCUAAGCAAGCUGGGGAUAGAAGAGGAAGGGGUGGGGAAGGUGUCGUCCCCCGGUCGCCCUAUCAGACGGCAAGCGGCUUGCGGCAGCAGCAGGCGACGUACAUGGGGAGCUCGGAUGCCAAAGGAGAGCGGCAAGGGAAGGGGGGGGGGGUUAGGUUUAGCCGAACUCAUUAGAGAAGGAUCAGUGGUGCUCCAGCCGACAUCACUUGUACGGUCUGGCCUUAUGCCUGCCUUUUCGCUCGGGACCGGUCUUUAUUUUCGUGCCCCUUCCCUGAACCAUGGAGGGAUGUGAAGCCGCCUGCAUCUAUGCAGCGGCCUCGAACUGGUUGCGGUAGGGUCCGAGACAUGGCUAGGGUUGGGUGUGGAAUGGGUAAAUCAAGCGAAAGACACAAAAGCAUUCGGUAAUAUUCCACGAAGUGCAGGCUGCGCGGUGCUUGUUCUUCUAGGGUACUAGGGGGCCUGAAUGGAACCGAA